AUGUGUGUAAUUUGCGACAUCUAUCUAUCUAUCUAUCUAUCUAUCUAUCUAUCUAUCAUUAUGUAUCUAUCGCUUUUCGUCUCUAUUUAUUCUUUUCUCUAUGAAAUCUGUCUCUCUCUCUCUUUUCUUCUUUCUUUCUCAACUCGCUGUUUUUCCUUCCUUUUCCAUUUUUCUUUCUUUAUCCCCACUGUUUUUCGUUCUUUUUCCAUUUUCUUGGCGUUAUCCUUCCUUUCUUUAUCGAUCUUUCAUUCUUUCCUUCUUUCUUUCUUUCUUAACUUGCUCUUUCUUUCUUUCUUUCUUAUAAUCAUCUCUCUUUCUUUCUUUCUUUUCUUCCUUUCCUUUUUUUUUCUUUCUCUCUUUCUUUCUCUCAUUUUUUCUUUCCUUUCUUUCUUUUUUUCUUUCUUUCUUUCUCUAAUCAUCUUUUUUUUUUCUUUCUUUUUUUUUCUUUCUUUCUUCUUAGCUUUCUUUUCUUUCUUUCUUUCUUUCUUUCAAUUCUUUCUUUCUUUCUUUUUUUUUUUCUCUUUUUCUCUAUUUCUUUCUUUCUUAAAAUUUUUCUUUCUUUCUUUUUUUUUUUUUUGCUAUUCUUUUUUCUUUUUUUUCUUUCUUUCUUUUUUUUUUCUUUUUUUCUUUCUUUCUUUCUUUCAUCCUUUCUUUCUUUUAUUUCAAAAUUUUUUUUUUGUUUUUUCAUUUUUUUCUUUCUUUCUUUCAUUUUCUUUCUUUUUUCUUUUCUCUUCAUUUUUUCUUUCUUUCUUUCUUUACAUCCGUUCAUCCUUUCUUUCAUCAUUUUCUCUCUCUCUCUCUUUUUUCUUUCUUUCUUUUCUUUCUUUUCUUUUCUUUCUUUCUUUUCAAUCUUUCUUUUCAUUUUUCUUUUUUCAUUCUUUCUUUCUUUCUUUCUUUUCUUUUAUUUUCAUCUCUCUUUUUUUCAUUCUUUUUUCUUUCUUUCUUUUUUUCUUACUUUCUUUGCUUGCUAUCCUUUCUUUCUUAACAAAGAAUUCUUUCCUUGUUUAUUCGUUUCCUUUCUUUCUUCGUCCAUUUUCUUUCUUUUUUUUUCUGUCUUCCUUUCUUUCUCUCUCUCAUUUUUUCUUUCUUUCUUUCUUUACAUCCGUUCAUCCUUUCGGUUCAUCAUUCUCUCUUUCUUUCUUUCUUUCUUUCUUUCUUUCUUUCUUUCUUAACCCCCUUGUUAUACAUUCAUUCUUAACGCGUUAA